CCUCCGCCGUGGGCACGUCCAGUGCAGCCGUCAUCACAGGAGCAGAUUCUGAGGCCUUAUCACGAAGAAUUCCAACGAAAGGCCAGUCGGUUUCGAUCGAGUUCGGCGGUUCCUUUCAGUGAAGGCCUCGCCCAGCAGUCGCCAUUUCAUCCUGCCGUAUCCAGCUUCACGAGCGGACGUUCUAAUAUUCCGCCUGUUCAGGACUUUGAGCGUUUUCCGGAAACUGCUGGCGGUGCUUCGCAGUUUGCUUCUUUGCAAGUUCCUCCUUCAUUACCCAUCAGUGAGCAGAAGCCUGUUGUCUACCAGCAGCUGGAAAGGCAUAAAAAUUACGCAACUUUACAUCAUGUAGCACCACCGAAGACGUUGCCGUUGCAGAGGCGCGUCUCGGAUCCAGAUUUAUUAAAGACUGACAUGAAUGCACCGGCAAACAUUGCAAUGUUCAAUGUAGCGAAAGGCGUGAAAGCCGAGUUGGAGCAGGAUCCGAAAUUCCGCCGAAAAGCUGAAACACUUGAUAGUAAAAGUGAACAUUCCACUGCUCCGGUGCCGACAGUACUCUCACCGAGGGAACCACCAAAACAAUCGCCAUCCCUUCGGCAUAUGGAAAAUUUUUUUGAAAAUGUCCAGCAGUUUCGUAGCGCGCUUAACGUAAAACAGCCGCCACCCGUACCAGCACCAAAACCGUUCAACGUAGAACAUGUUCGCAGUAUUUUUCAUAGCAGUAGUGCUCCAAAACAGCCAACAACAACGACUAAUUCUGCGUCAGCUAUCGACGUCAGUAAAACUAGUCAGAACUAUUCGAUACUUGAGAGGGCAGUCAAUUCAGUAGCGCAAAAAGCCCAGCGGGAUUUGGCCUUAAAUGAAAAGGCAAAUGAGGGCACGCAAAUCUUCAGGAUCAGUCGUAGGCCUAUAGGAAAUAAUGUGCAAAAGAAUUCUACAAAUGACAAAAAAGUGGCAGACAGGGGUGUGAUGACCGACACCAGCGAACAGAUCAUCCAGACUAAGCCAACAAUAUUCGUCAUUGGAAAACCGGUCACCAAGAAGGACGAAAAUAAUAAAAGCACCGAGAAGACGGUGGCUGCGGCCCCUGUACCGGUAACAGUUGUAAAUUCACAAGAUGUCGCAGUAUUCGAAAAAGAUUACAGCGCAUCGUCGACCCCGGCCCUGCGGUCGAAUCAGCCGUUUCCAGUGGAGGAAUCUGAAAAAUGUCCGCAACAGGCUGCUAAUUUUCCUGGGAUUCUUCUCAAAAAUGGCAACAGUCGGGUUCCGGAUGAAUCACUGACAAACAAUAAGCACAAACGGGUUGCUUUCCAGUGUGAUUCGGGUGUCGUUGAUGCAGAGGUACAUCAAACAUCAUGUGAGGCUCCACUGUCGGUGGUGCAGUAUGAUGAUGUAAUUGAAGAACCACUGCAGAGACUGCAAAAACUGAGUGCUGCUAUCGGUGGCGACUUGCAGAUUGUGGGUGACAAAAUAGUGGCACUUUUCAAUGAGCAGCGCAAUUUUAUCUGGGCAGCAGCCGGACAAAAAGAGCCUCCAGCGAACGAGCUACAAGCGAAACUUGGCCCAAUCGUUAAGUUAAUGGAAGAAAUUUCAACAUUCAAAGAGUCCAAGAGAAAUACACCGUUGUUCAAUCACAUCUCAGCGGCAAGCGAAGGAAUCCAGGCACUUGGAUGGCUUACUGUUGUGAGUGUUUUUUUUCUGUUGUAA